AUGAGUUUAACCACGAGCCUUACCGUGCCGGAGGACCUCGGCUCUGUUCCCUCGAUUGGUGUACUGUUACGGUUUAUUAUCCUGAAGUACUACGCGCAUUACUACAGCUUUUGCUCCAUCGGAAACGACUUCCUCAGUGGCGUGGAGGUGGGACGAAUACUGCUGUCUGCAGACGCUCUACAUUCGGGAGACACUUUUCAGCUUGCCAUCGAAGCCGGAUGCCAAGCUUUCGUAGUGGACGAGGCGGGCAUUGGGAAAUUUCUGGAGCGGUACAUUCCAGUGCACGACAUUGCCAGUCAGCGAUCAAUGGACAAAAGUGUGAUUCUGUUACUAACCUAUGAGAAUCGCCGGGACAUGCUGGAGAUGAUUGUUCAACAUGAAGCGUUUCGUGAAAUCCUCAACGUGCUCAUCAUCGUCUACGAAACUGGGGACGAGCGACCCAUAAGUCUGUACAGCACCGAAACUACGUUCGUCGGUGUACUGGAAGCUUACAGCAUGGUCCUGCGGCCUAUCGAGGUUGAUUGGAAUGAUUGGAAAAGUGUCGACUUUUUCCCCGACAAAUCGAGCGAUCUGCAGGGAUAUGUGAUGCGUAUGGCUAUGUUCUAUUUGCUAGAUGGCACCGAGCUGCAGUUAGUCGUGUCCUUCUGCCAAAAACGGAACUGUAGCCUCCUGGUCUAUACCGAGGAUGAAGACGAAUGGGGAAACGUAUACCCGAAUGGAACCGGAAACGGUUUGCUAGGCAGUGUUGCCGAGCGCCGUUCGGACCUCGCGGUGGCAGCUAUCUAUCACUGGCUGCAGCCUUAUAACUUCAGUGAAUACACGGCGAGCAUCAGCCGCUCGGGAGUUACAGUACUGGUGCCCAAACCGCACGUACUUCCCUUCUGGCGUACCCCUUUCCUAUCGUUCUCUGGACCGCUCUGGGCGGCCGUACUGGGCACGUUCGUGAUGGGUAUUGUUGCGACCUGGUACGUAGGUCAUCUUCGGCACCGUUUGCUGGUAGUCAUCGACGGAGAUAGAGCAGCGUCGGAGAAGCUAACACUAAGUGAAGCUGUAUUAAUGAUGGUCGGCUUUUUUGUGGCCCAAUCCGGACCGAUCCGUACUGACCUGUUGGCUUGCGUGGUGCUCUUUGCCUCGCUUCUACUAGCAGGAUUUAUGGUUAGCAACUGUUACAGCGCUGGGCUGGCGGGCGUCAUGACCGUGCCACAAUACGAAAGGUCCAUCGACACUGUGGUCGAAUUUGCGGCCAGUGGAAUGAUAUGGUACGGACCAACGCCUUACGGUGUGGAGGCAAUAAUCAACGCCACGGAGCCCAACUUAAAGAAAGUCGUCUCCAGCUACAGAGUGGCAUCACCGGCGGAAACAAAGCUCCAUGCGCAAAAGGCCAAAACCGGGUUCAUUGUUGAACAGACACAGCAUGGAAACUUUGCUCCGAACGACUUUCUCGACCGCGGGACCUCCACCGUCUAUCAAAUACUGUUAGAUGAUGUUUACUUUCAACAUUGCGCCGCCCUCAGCACGAAAACCAACCCGCUGCGGGCCCUACUGAACGACUAUAUACUGCGCGUGCAGCAGUCUGGCAUCUCGUAUCACUGGGGAACAACAACCGCCAUCCGCUACCUUCCGACGGAAGUGUUCCGCAACAUCGCGAACGCACGUCAGCAUCUUCACGACGGGGACGCUGCUCCCCUCGAGAUCGGCCAUUUUCUCGGUGCGUUUUUUAUUUUGGGCUAUGGAUUGCUGUUCGCCGGCUUGGUUUUCCUUGUGGAACUGUGUGGCACUAAGGUGACCCGUCGUUUGAGAGAGCGUUUGACGUAA